UACUUUAAAAAAUCAUAUAAAUAAGAUAUCGCCAAACAAAUUGUUGUCAGAUCAUACAAAAUGUUCAGUGCUAAAGUUGUUGUCUUCCUCGCAGCUGUAGCUAUAUGCUAUGGAGCACCAAAUGCCGGACUCCGCAAACAUCACCUAAGGAUCGACGGUGGCGUUGAUGCUAAAAUAGAAGAUUAUCCAUUCGUAGCUUCCGUCCAAUGGUGUGUCUUCGGUUGCGAACACACUUGCGGUGCUGUAAUCAUUAAUGAGAACUGGGUAUUGACCGGCUCUAAUUGUAUUGAAGAUACUCUUAGUAUUGCUGUUGGAACUGCUAACUUACAAGGAACCGACGGAGUUUUAGUUGACGUUGAAUCAUCGCACGUUCAUCCUGACUCCCCAUCUGAUGGAGUUGGUCCAAAUGAUCUUGCUCUACUUAAGUUAGCUAAACCACUGACCUUCAACGACAAAGUUCAAGCAGCGAAAUUGCCAACUCAAGGCCAAGAAUUUACAGGUAAAGCUGUUGUAACUGGUUACAGUUACACUGAAGACCCUUCUGUCAAUACACUCCAAGCAGCUGCUGAUCUAGAUCUUAUUUCAAACGCAGAUUGCAACAAACAGUUAGAUAUAUUCUAUCCAGGCAAAAACUAUUUGGAUGAUAAAGCCAACGUAUGCACCUUAAGUGCAACUUCCAACCACUGCUAUGCUGACGCUGGUAGUCCUGUGUCUCAGGAUGGAACUGUCAUCGGUAUCGCCACAUGGUACGUUUUGCCAUGCGGUGCCAAAGGAGCUCCAAAUGUGUACACCAAACUUUCUAAUUACGCCGACUGGAUCGCACAAACCAUUGCCGCUAAUUAACCCUUAAUGGACGGCUAUGUGAUUUUGACAGAAAAAAAUCGAUGUUUUAUUGUUUUUUAUAUUCUUUAGCAUAAAAUAAAACACAUACAUGCAAUA